ACUAUAAUAAAUUUGUAACAAAACAUGACAGCUGAAAAAAUUGAAGCUUUGAUCAAAGAAAAGUUAAAUCCAGUCCAUUUUGAAAUCACUGACAAGUCGGGUGGUUGUGGCUCUAUGUUUGCUGUUGUUAUUGUAUCAGAUGAAUUUAAUGGUAAACCUCUGCUACAACGGCAUCGCUUAGUUAAUACUAUUUUAAAAGAUAUUCUUCCGUCAAUUCAUGCAUUUGAAAUGAAAACACUAACAGUAGAGCAAUGGAAAAGUCAACCUUCUAAUUGAUUGAUGUCGUUAAUUAAAAAAUAAAAUCAACAGAUUUGUUUUUAUAAAAUAAUUUCAGCAAGGUUUUUCAAAGAAUAUGUUGUUGGUUUCAUUGGCAUCGUCUGUGACAAAAAAAAUUUUUUAUAAAAAAAUACAAAAUUUCGAUAGGUGUAACAAAUAUUAACAUCUGGAACCUAUUAAGUUUUGACCAAUAUAA